AUGGUGUUACUGGUGCCGUGUUAUUCGGCAGCCCUGUCAUCGUCGGUCUGUUCGAUGCCGAUGACAGGCUACUCGGCCGACGACCUUUUCUAUGAGGUUCCCUCCUCUAUUCGACCACAUUGGCCAACCGACGAUCUCAAGCCCUCCGAACCGGUUCCCCUUGCCAGAAGUCGCGAAGACUCCCCACUGUCCCGGUCGACGGAUUCGAUCUCAUCCACCCGUUCCUCAUGCUCCGGUCGCUCAGCGGCCGAGCGUCAGUUGGAGCGCGAAUCCCGCCGUCGCCUGCUGGACACUUCUGUAUCCAAACUUCAAGGGGCACGCGAUCCACCUCUCCGCAAACACCUCCACGUCUACAAUACCAUCAAAGCGCUCCAGCGCGAUUUGGAGCUGCUGGACGAUGAGGAGCUGUUCUCCACCCUUACUGGGGGAGAUCAGGCGAUGGAGAUGGACGAGUGGCCGGGAAGGAAGCAACAACUGACCCCGUUGCAACUACACCAGGAAGAGCCGAAAGAGAUCGUUACGGCACCAUCCCUCCCGACGGUUUGCGAUGCGGAUUACUGGUGGAGUGGCAGCAGCAGCAGCAACAGCGGUUUUGUUGGCCUGGGCUCUUCGUACGACGACGAGCCGGCAGGGGCUUCUUCGUUCGGCUACUGGGCCCACCUCGACGACCUCUCGGCGAACCCGCUCGGCCAUUCCUGGCUGUCCUCCGGCGAACUUUCCACCCUGUUCGCCCCGAAUCUCGCCUCGCACAGCGGCGACGGGCUGCUCCUCCAGGCC